CUCGCUUUGUCAUUCCCUGUUGCUCCCUCCAUACCAGACACCCAACACUGCUGCGAUAUCGCUCAGCAUGUUUGGCAAGACACUGGGAUCCAAAAAGUCUAAGGAGUCCAAGGAGAACGGGAUGUCCUCGCGGUCGGUGACACCGAUCCCUUCCCGCCCGACUACGCCGAAGCCGCAGAAUGUACACGGCAAUACGUUCCGCUCUGGCACCCUCACCAUCCGUAUCUUCUCUGGACGUGGGCUUGCAUUACCUCCGGGCGUUCAGGUGCCAGAGGUUAUCAAGAAGGCUCUCGAGCACCACCCACCUUCAAGGCGUUCCACCAGCAAACGCGAGAGCAUGCAGCGCAAGCGGUAUUGGUGGCUACCCUACGUCGUUCUCGAGUUCGACAACAACCAGAUCCUCAUUGACGCUGUUGAUGGAGAUAUCGCUAAUCCGAUCUGGAACUUCCGUGCAGACUUCGACGUGUCUCGAACGUCAAACGUUUCCAUUUCUGCGUAUCUUCGCACAGCCCAGUCCCUCCAGGGACAGGAUGACAUGGGCAAUGACUUACUCAUCGCUCGCGGCGACAUCACACCCUCUCUUGAUGGUCACAACGCAUGCGACCAAUGGUACGCUGCAACCGCUGGAUCUGGUAACUUUCACGUCAAAGUCGACUUCAAGCCUGCGCGCAACGACACGCUCACGAUCGAAGCUUUCGACCUUCUCAAGGUCAUUGGCAAAGGUUCGUUUGGCAAGGUGAUGCAAGUCAGGAAGAAGGACACGCAGCGGGUGUACGCCCUAAAGACCAUAAGAAAGGCUCACAUCGCCUCUCGCCCGGGUGAAAUCACACAUAUCUUGGCAGAGCGUACAGUCUUGGCCCUGGUCAAUAGCCCGUUCAUCGUCCCCCUCAAGUUUUCCUUCCAAACGCCGGACAAGCUGUAUCUCGUGAUGUCUUUCGUGAACGGCGGAGAGCUGUUUUACCACCUUCAAAGAGAGGGCAAAUUCGAUGAGUAUCGGAGCCGGUUCUACGCCGCCGAACUCCUCUGCGCUCUGGAGCAUUUGCACAGCUUUAACGUUGUUUACCGGGAUCUGAAACCGGAGAACAUCCUCCUUGAUUAUACCGGUCAUAUUGCUCUGUGCGACUUCGGACUAUGCAAGUUGAACAUGUCGGAAACCGAGAAGACCAGCACUUUCUGUGGCACGCCCGAAUAUAUCGCGCCUGAAUUGCUCGAAAGUCAAGGAUACACGAAGACUGUCGAUUGGUGGACACUCGGCGUCCUCCUGUAUGAGAUGAUGACCGGUCUCCCGCCUUUCUAUGACGAGAAUGUCAAUGUGAUGUACCAGCGCAUCCUGUCAGACCCGCUGCACUUCCCACCAGACGUCUCCUCUGAUGCGAAAAGUAUCAUGAGCGGCCUAUUGCAGCGCGAUCCGGCUCGUCGGUUAGGCGCGAACGGGGCCGAAGAUAUCAAGCGGCAUCCGUUCUUUGCCAAACACAUCGACUGGAAUCGGCUUCUCGCGAAGAAGAUUCAGCCACCAUUCAAACCCAGCGUCGAGUCCGUGCUCGAUGUGGCCAACUUCGACACCGAAUUCACGAACGAGGCCGCUCAAGAUUCGGUCGUGGAGGAUUCGCAUCUCUCGGAGACUGUCCAGGACCAGUUCCGCGGCUUCACAUACAACCCGGCGAACGAGCACCUCAGCGAGAGCGUGAAUGCCUAUAGCCAUAUGGGUUGAAUAGCACGCGUUAGACGCUCCUCCGUCUUACCAAUGUGUUCUUCGACCAUCGCCGACUCAUACCAAUACUCAACCCCGUUUCCCGCCUCGCUCUUCCUACCAUCG